GACACUUCUUCUCUUCACUGCUGCUUAUUUCCGGUGCUGUGUAGAGAAGCGCCCGGGAUGGAGGCCUCCUUCACAUCAGCAGAAAAUCUCAGUAGGAACUCUGAAGAAAACUUCAUGUUAUCACAGAACGAUAAAGUAGAAGAUGAAGAUCUCAUGCAGCGCUUAUCACGAGAAAACCUCAAUACCAGAAAUGUGCAUCCUGGACUUCAGAAUACAGAUCUGUCAUAUUAUACAGCUAAGUGUGAGGAACCUUCUCCUGACCAAACACAAAUUGGUGCCACAAGUACAAAUCAGAAAGAGGAAACAAGUUUUCAGUGCUGGGAAUGUGGAAAACAGUUUUCAUACCGCUCAGGUCUUCUUAUGCACAGAAGAAUUCACAUAGAACCGAAGCUGUACUCCUGUUCAGAAUGUGGGAAACGUUUCGCAGACAAACCAAGGCUUGUUGCCCAUGAAAAAAUUCACUCAAGUGAGAAGCCAUAUUCAUGUUCAGAAUGUGGGAAAUGUUUUGCCAAUCUAUCAACUCUUGUUAGACAUGAGAUAACUCACACAGGAGAGAAACCAUAUUCAUGUUUAGAAUGUGGGAAAAGUUACACAGAUAAAUCACAACUUGUUAACCAUGAGAGACUUCACAAAGGAGAGAGGCCGUAUUCAUGUUUAUUAUGUGGGCAACGUUUUAGCUAUAAAUCACACCUUGAUUAUCAUGAGAGCAGUCACACAGGAGAAAAGCCAUACCCAUGUUCUGAAUGUGAGAAAUGUUUUCCUAAUAAAGCACGACUUGCUAAACAUAAGAGAGUUCACACAGGAGAGAGGCCGUAUUCAUGUUCAGAAUGCGGGAAAUGCUUUGCAGUGAAAUCAGGUCUUUCUGCACAUCAGAGAAUUCACACAGGAGAAAAGCCAUACCCAUGUCCUGAAUGUGGAAAAUGUUUUCAUGUUAAAUCAAAACUUGCUAGCCAUAAGAGAGUUCAUACAGGAGAAAAGCCGUAUUCAUGUUCAGAAUGUGGCAAAUGUUUCUCAGAAAAAGCACCUCUUGUUAUCCAUCAGAGAAUUCAUACAGAUCCGUUUGGGAUUUGUGUUUUAAUAACGGAUCCGUUCGUUUCCGCUACACUCCGUGAUUCAUUUCUGCUAAAGUAUCUGUUUUAUCAUAAUCUCCCAUGAUUUGUAAUUGGCGUUGGUUUUGUGGUGUCCCAGGUAUAUAAUAUCCUGCAUUUCACCUUAGGAUUUGUGAGCUGUGUGUUUUAUUGUCUAAAGCCAUGUUGCCAGCUCACCUUCUGUUCGUGGAAUUAUGGGAUUCUGCGGCGCCGAUGGAGUCGAAGACGUCGUCCCAUGCAUAUUCAUGUUUAGAAUGUGGGAAAUGUUUUGCUGUUAAAGUAAGUCUUUCUACAUUGCAUGAAUAGAGGAAAGGAAUCGCGGCACUCACCCCGUUAUAAAAAAGCUUCAAUGCUUUAUUGCUUUCAUUUCUUAGCAAAGAGAUUCGCAGGCUGGGGAGCGGAUAGGCCCAGGUGUGGAUGAGCGGUGACGGCCGUUUCGCGCUUAGCUUGCGCUUCCUCGGACCGCUAUUAAGUCUUUCUACACAUCAGAAAACUGGGAAAUGUGUUCCUACCAAAUCACAACUUUAGUCAUAUCAGAGUUUACACAGUUGAAAAGCCGUAAUCAUGUUCAGAAUGUAGGAAAUGUUUCUUUAAAAAGGCAAAUUGGGUUAUACAUGAGAAAAAUCACCAAGGAGAGGGUUAUUUAUGUCCAGAAUGUGGGAAAUAUUAUUCAAGUAAAUCUAAUCUUGCUGGAAAUAUCUGAGUUCACACAGGAGAGAAACCAUAUUCAUGUUCAGAAUUUAACAUUUCUACAGCCAGUCACAUGUAUCAUCAGAAAAGUUACUGUAGAGAAGCCAAUUUGAUGUUCUUCAUAUCGAAAAUUUUAUCCAGAAAUCAAAUUUUAAAAAAUUCACACGAGAACAUAUUGUAUUCUUAUAUGGAAUUUGGGAAAUGUAAUAAAAGCAAGAGAUAUGUUUAACCCA